AUGCCAUCUCAAAUUUCACAAGAGAUCGAGCUUUCAGAAAUUGGAAGGAAUGGAAUUAGUCCCCUGGAUGCUAGCACGAAUGGCCUUGGUACUCAUGGAAAUAAGGAUGUUAUGACCAGGAGAGGUAGAAACGAGUCGAUUGAUCCGAGUGUGGAACGGGUAUAUACAGAGGAUAUGGGCGAUUAUAUUACGGCGGAAGAAACUGUACAUUCGGAUGAUUCUGAAGAUCGGCCCCCUGACGGUGGAUUUAAAGCUUAUUCUGUAAUGAUAGGUUCAUAUUUUACGAUUUUGACUAAUUUAGGUCUUAUUAAUUCUAUUGGUGCUAUCCAGGCAUACGUGUCUGAGCAUCAGUUGUCAGAAAUAAGCGCCGUUGACGUGUCAUGGAUCUUCUCGAUUUACCUUUUUCUUGCGUAUGGGGUUGGACUUUUCACUGGAAGAACAUUUGACAAAAGAGGACCUUUAGUAUUGAUGGUGAUAUCUGCGGUAUUAUUAGUUAUGGGAUUGUUUGGUGCAGCAUACAGUAAGACGGUUUAUCAAUUUAUUUUGAGCUUUAUCGCUGUUGGCAUUUCGAACGGAUUAUCGAUUACUCCAUCGAUUGGCGUAAUCAAUCAUUGGUUUUCCAAUAAAAAAAUUGGCACGAUCCAGGGUCUAUCGACGAGUGCAGGGUCCCUAGGAGGAUUAUUGUUUCCGUUAUUGUUGAGAUAUUUAUAUCCGAACUACGGGUUUUCGAUAGCACUUAUAAUUUUGGGAUGCAUUUGUCUUGGUUGCAUGCUAAUUGGAAUUGUUUUAGUAAGAGAAAGAGUGAAGAGAAAGGAAACAAAUCAAGACUUUUCAACGAGUGAAAGAUGUGAAACAUUGUCGAAAUGGGAAAAGAUGAGAGGCGAAGCAAAAGUUUUGAGCUUCAAACAUUUAAAAGAUACUAAGUAUACACUUCUUAUUGUCGGUACAUUUUUCGCCGAGCUUGCUUUAGUGAUGAUUAUUACCUAUUUCGCUACUUAUGCAAUUGCGCAGGGGGUCUCAGAAUCGACUUCUUACGUAUUAUUAACCGUUUGGAAUGCUACGGGUAUUUUAGGUAGAUUUUUACCAGGCUAUGUAUCCGAUUUCCUUGGAAAGUUCAAUGUGAAUAUCUUAAUGCUUAUUGGAUUUAACAUAUCUAUCUGUGCAAUAUGGAUACCUUUCGGGCAUGAUUUGAAAGCCUUGUAUGCGUUUGCAGCUUUCGGAGGAUUUUUCCUGGGUCUGAUUUUAUCAAUGGUUCCUAUCUGCUUAGCCCAAGUUAGUUUAGUUGUGGAAUUUGGAGAAAGAUACGGAUUGCUAAAUUUCUUUCUUAGUAUAGGUAAUUUGUUUGGUGUCCCAAUCGCUGCUAUUAUCAUAGGGGACGGCAGCGUCCACAAUUAUAAUAUGUUUGCAAUCUUUACGUGUGUUUGUUCCGUUGUUGGGACUACCUUCUUGUAUUUCAGCAGAUACUCAAUUGUUGGAUUUAGAUUAAAUGUGAAGGUUUAA